ACAAGUGACUUCGGGUCGUCAUUUUCAACUACACGUACAUUACUGGUAAGGACAUGUCCAGCUGAAAGAAAAACAAGCAAGUGUAGGAGGAUUUUGUUUAAGUUGGAUCUACUAGUACAUCUAGGCACUAUAAAGUUUGUAAUCAUCAAGAUUAGAUGCAAUAGUAUAAAUAUAUUUGUAGUAAAUACAAUGUGUAGACUUGAAUUGAAAUAGGAUGGGAUUUUUAUGACCGACAAAGUUGCUUAUGUUGCCGACAUCUUUUCCUUUGGUUUAAAAAAAUGACGGUGUAAUUCGGAAGGAUUAUUAUCCGUAACACCAGGUGUUUUAAAGAGCAUCUUAAAGGUAAUUCAUACGUCCGAAGUGGUAAAAUGUAUGACAAUCAAUACUUUUCAGCAGAUAUCGAAGCCUAUAACAAUUGUGUUAUUGUGACACAAAUUCUGCUUUCGAUCAUUGCACCAGCACCGACACACACGACGGAAAAGCCCCGAAAGAGGAACAUUGAUAAAUUAGUUACUUAGGCUCAGGUGAGCAAGAACAUGAACAUACCCACUUAUCUUUUAUUUGGAGGCUUUUGUUUUCGAUUAAGAGUGAAAGGAAAAAUAGUAUUACUAUACACUUGCAAUUGCUCUCUCUCUCUCUCUCUCUCUCUCACCAAACAUUAUACAAUGUACAUCGAAUCAAGAAAGUCAUAGACAGAUAAUAUAAGGCAGAUGUCGAAGAACGGUAGAUAAAAGGUCACUAUUCAGAUAAGGACUUCUCGGGAAUCAUUCCAUUAAAUCGUGCUUCCUAUUUUGAUGAUCUUUAAAAUGGUCUUCACUGGGUGCAAUAACGUGUGGGUGACUUUAUUUGUAACAACAUUGUUCAUCAUUGGAGAUGCGUUUGCUGCAACAAAUUUGACUACAACAAUCAAUGCGUUAUUCCAUAAAUUACAAAAUAUGCAGACAACAACGUACAACCCAGCGGUGCCGCCAUUGAUAUGGGCAAAGUUUCCGGGAGUCUACGAAAGUGACGUCAAAAUGUAUUUCCACGGAGCUCCGGUUGAUUCUACCCUUCGGUAUUCCUUUGGAGUUUUCGACAAUAACAUGUUCGCGACAGCAUGGGUAACAACUUCUCUCUUAGAAGCAUAUAAAUAUGGAAAAGCACCGAAACCAACCGCAGAGAUGCUGGAUUUAUCCAUCGAUUUCAUCAUGGAUCAUCGUAAUAAAAAUCUCAACUACACAAACUCCAUAAUGGCAUUCUGGCCCCAAAUAUUCAACGAGCAAGCAAAGGGGUACGUGAGCACACCAGUGAAUUUACUGGAUCUUUUCAACUCCACCUACCUCAUAGACUGGGACCCGGUCUACAAAGAGCUUGACAAAUUAGGACUUCACCACGUUACCGAAACCAUAAAACGACUUCUGGCAACGAGGGAAGGUUACAAGCGCGUAUUUCAGAUUCCUCCUGACUUUGACGACACGUCCGUGAAUCUGGGCUUGGGUUCUCUCCUGAAGGACUUUAUUUCGGACUUUCCAAACUCCGCUGUGUUGUGGCAGUCUAGGAACGCCAACCUCUCCUCCAUAUUUAACGCCCUGAAGCAUUAUGCCUAUAGACCGAUGUCAAACGACACGAGAGUGAACACGAUAGAUACCCGAACGUACUUCUACAUGAGGCGAUUUCUGGAGGACGUAAAGGCUAAAAAUCAGAGUCUGUCUUUAGUCACAACUUGGGUUCAGGACUUCAAUGAUUUGAAAACUCAGUACUACCACGGUGUGAUAACCCCCAGUGACGUCAACAACGUUGACGUCACGGUGUCAGCCAACGCUCUGUAUGGAAUCACCAACAGCAUUCUGUCUGGACUGGCUACAACAGAGGUUCUGGAGGAUCCAGAAAUCCAGCAACUAUACCUGAAUACAUCGACCAUGAUCGCCUUCCAGAUCAACACCAAUUUUUCCUCUCGUCCAGAUCUCGCGUUGACAUACUAUCCCUCUGUCAAUGAAUUCUACUGGUUCGUUGCAAGGACGUACGCGCAACUAACUCGACGUCAUCGGGGUGGUGGACUGCCUCAUCCCGCAAUGAACAUCGUGAUGGGGGAACUUCGACAGGCUCUGUGUGAAACUAUGACAACCACUGUAACCAAGGAAGCCAUUUUUAACACCUCUACAAUGGCGUAUUUUGAAGAUUUCUUGGGAAACGGAGAUUAUGACAAAGACGGUCAUCCAGUGAAAUAUGGCGAAGAUAGACUAUUUACAACAUCAAUGGCAGUUAACGCACUGAUAACCACUUGGACCUACUAUAACGAUAAAACAGAACACCUCCAUUGGGACGAAAAUACCCCCGCUGAUGUGAAGAAAGUUGUCGCAGCGUCUGUAAACUUCCUGAACGAAUAUGUUCUCGGCGAGGAAUAUAAACCUUGGAACAUGUUUUUCUCCGGGUCCUUCAAAGGAUUUGGGACGUCAUGGUCUCAGUACCCCGCAAAUCGUAACAGUCAUAUCAACGGAACCAAAAUUCACAUCCGGGGUAUGGAGGGCGUGGCUGUCGAAUCCUGGUAUGACCAGCAGCUUAAAUCUCUAAAGACGCCCACGAUUUUCCAUGGUUACAACAGUGACCCCUCCUACUUCCCGUUCUGGAGCUCGGAAUCCUAUACGUACGUCACCACCAUGCUCGCAUUGUCUACUUUCAACAACAUUGCUGACAGCAACCAGUCUGUUUAGAAAUAGAUUUACAGUUCCGUCACCUACAGUUCUCCCACUAAACAUUAGUUUUAAUUUUUGAUACUGACCUACUUUGGAAUAAAAUGAAAGAAAAAUAACUUUCAUUUCAUUUUG